ACCGUUUCGAGUCUAUUACGGUGGAUGACGAGAAUAAUGACUCUGAUUCGAUUAUUACAAACAGACCGGACAAUGCUUCUAACACUUCCAAAGACAUGCCUGAAGGGAACAACGGCCAACAGAAAAUAUCCAAGUGCUUCACCAAGAUGAAAAAAUCACGAAAGAAUCCGGUUGUAAUUUUAAGCAAAAACGAGCAACGAUUUGCCACGAAAAUGUCGCAGAACAACAAUGACUCGAUAAUGUCCACCCCGUCUACGAUGAAAUCGAGAAAGUCUGAAAGGAAGUCUGCAGCUGUUCAAGCGUCCGUUCAAACCGAUUCGUUUGCAAAACGUGACGAAUUGACCGAGCAAAAAGCCGGAAUAAAAAUGUUAAACAACGUGGACGAGUGCUGUAGGGGUUCGAUCUUAAAAAAAAUCAGUGCAAUAGUACCGAAGGAGGACUCAGACGCCUUGACUCCUUACAGCAUACCAACUGUUGAUUGCAACGGCCAGUCAAAAGGAUCCAGGAGGAACCGCAAGAGGCUCAACAAACGAGCAACGAUGUCGCUUCUUCUUACAUCCGUCGAGCUGAAUUAAUUAUUCGGUCGAUUUUCAGAGAAGUCUGUCAGUUUUUAUUCAACAUUAUACUCAACUCACUAACGUGGUAACAUCACGUCCGAUAUAGUGGCCAUAAGGGGUGGAUCGGGAUAACGUCGUAGUACCGCUACAGUUCGAGAAACUACCCCAGCCCGUAUCAA